AUGGCUUCCCGACCGAAUCCGAUGACGUCCAAGAACGAGACCACCCAGUCGGUGAGCCGGAUCACUCGCGAGGGCAAGAAGCUCACAUACACGCUAAGUGUCAUGCAACAACCUGAACGCGCCAGAGCAUGCGGUGCAGGUGCCAAGUCUUCAGCCGACCGCCGCCCUGUCGAUCCUCCACCUGUGGUCGAAUUACGUAUCUUCGAGUCGGACCCAGUCAACGACGCGCAGAAGACGGAUAUCACCUUUGCCUAUAAUGCCAAUUUCUUUCUCUACGCCACCCUGGACUCGGUGCGACACAUCGCUGCGAUGCGAGGAAGCGCAGCGCCAUCCGCCUCUGUUCCAGUCCUGACUGGAGUGCCCGUCGCCGGCGUCGCCUACCUGGACCGUCCUUCCCAAGCUGGCUAUUUCAUCUUCCCCGACCUGUCGGUCCGCCACGAGGGCCGAUUUCGUCUUAGCUUCCAUCUCAUCCCGUUCGGCCUCGGGUCAGCCCGUAUCUCCUCGGAGCUACUUGCACUUUCGCCUCGAAGUGCAAUCGCUUCCUUUACCGUCUACAGCGCCAAGAAGUUCCCUGGUCUCGCCACUAGCACUUCUUUGAGCCGCAUCAUCGCGGAGCAAGGGUGUCGUGUACGCAUUCGUCGCGACGUCCGCAUGAGACGUCGCGGAGACAAACGAGAGGAGGAGUACGAAUAUGACGAAGGCAGUACGGCAGUCUACCCCCGAAACGACCGAUACGCCUCGCCCGAUCGGUAUGUUGCACAGACAGUGGAACGGCCUCGCUCGAACAGCAAUGGCAGCGUGGUAGAAUCCCCCUACGGCUACGGGGGCGAGGUGAAGCGGCGGCCCUCUGGUUCCGAAUAUGGUUUCCAGUGCCCACCGCAGCCUUAUCACCGGCCAAUGCCACCUGCGCCAAUGCCUCACACUCAGACUUCCGGCUAUCAGUCUCACCUCACGUUUGGUUCUACGCCCUCUCAAUAUCCAGCUCCGCACAUGCCGCCUACGCCCCCGCCAGUGGCGCCGUCGGCCAACUAUUCCCCUCGCUCGGUGUAUGCCAAUAAUCGCCAUCCAUCCGUGGCCACGGAUUAUGACGGCACGCCGGCAGCAUACCCCAUGGCAAAUCCAUGUCCUGAACCCAAUGGGUAUCCUAAGAACACUACCACCCUAUACCGUGUGGAGCCACCGAAGAUGCAGCAGCCAUAUCUGAUGCCUGAGGUUCCUCAAUAUCAGCCUGCAUCGCAGAGUAUGGCCUCGACGAUAUCAACACCGACUCUGGGACAUUCGUCCUAUCCACCGACUAGCUACAAGCAGAUGCCCGCCGAAUAUGUCAACCUAGACUCUGUCACUGAAGUGGGCUCACCUGGCCAGGGAUACGAUUCCGUGUCAGGCAAGCGGAUGCUUUAUCACUCUGGAUCCCUUGGAGCCAAGCGCACACACGAGGAUUCCUUUGGGAUUGAUGAGCGGCCCAUGCAAAAUGGAAUGCGCCCGGACAUGGACCCUUACCCUGCUGCAUACCGUGACUUUUCUGCCGAGAGUCGUGCUGCACUGAUGGCUGAGCUAGGCCCUGACAUGGCCUACAAGCGUGCUAAUGGACGCAUGGUCAUGAAGGCUCCUCCGACUGUUCAGUGA